AUGGGCUCGGUUCGAAUCGCCCUAGCAGGUGCUACAGGAAACCUGGGUCGUCCUAUCCUCGAAGCUCUUCUUGACGCGAACUACAACGUUACAGUCCUCUCGCGCAUCGGCGGUAAUUCAUCGAGACUGAAGCCCCACCCAAGCCUUGUCAUCAAAGAAGUUGACUUCAACUCCGUUCAAUCAUUGAUUCCGGCAUUGCAAGGGGCCGAUGUGGUCAUUUCAUGCCUCGCCACGUUAGCCAUAGGCAGCCAGAACCCCUUGAUUGAUGCAUCCGUUGAUGCAGGAGUGAAGCGAUUCAUCCCGGCAGAGUUCGGUAUGGACUCUCGAAACCCCCUCAGCGUACAGCUCCCGGUUUGCGAACCCAAGGCUGCGACGCAGAAGUACCUCCUGGAGAAGUCGGUCUCCCAUCCAGGGUUCACUUUCACCGGAAUCGCGAAUGGUCUAUUUCUUGACUGGUGUCUGACGGAGGGAAUCAUUCUGGAUCUAGCACACCAUACUGCCACGUUAUACAACGGCGGCGAUGUACCUUUCAGUGCCACCACUCUGGCUGACGUCGCCAAGGGCGUCGUGGGCGUUAUUGAGCACCAGGCUGAGACCUCCAACCGGAUUGUCUACAUUCAUUCCGCUGUGGUUACCCAGAACAGAUUGAUUCAGUACGCUCAGGAUAAGGAUGGGAAGGCAUGGCAAGCCGCUGUGAAACAUACCAACGAGGUCAAGCAGGAAAGCCUCGCGGAGUUGGCCAAAGGUGCGCAUGCAAACAUCGAUGCCGCAAUGCUCGGGUUCUGCAUUGUUGCCUCGUGGGGACCAGAGUAUGGCUGUGAUUUUUCAGCUCAUUUGGAUAAUGAGCUAUUGGGCGUGAAGCAAUCGAGUGAAGCUGAGCUGAGGGCAUUGGUGGAAAAUCUCUUGUGA